GGUCUAACCGUUUGUGUGUGGUUUUUGUAUUCAACUUCUGUGUGUGGUUCUCUGUUGUGUUUUCCAUGACACUAGUGUGGGUUUAUUGAUCCUUCGUCUAAUACCAUUAUUUCUCUUACAACCUUUGUUGUGUUUGGAUAUACCAUUAUUUACUUUGCAUUUUUCAUUUGAGUUUACUUUGCAUUUGGAUAUACCAUUUCUCUUACUUUGCCUAACUGAUUGUAAAAUGCACCCGAACUGUUUGUUUAAAUACCUCAAUGAGUAUAGAAGGAAGUUGUAGCAAAAAUGGUUAAGCAGAAGAAAUCGAUGGACGGUGGUAGUAAUGAUGAAAGAGUUGACUGGAAAGACCCUAAGGAACUAGAGGCUUUUUGUCGGUUCUAUGCUAUUCAAGUCAUGGAGAGCUAGAGGAAGGCCACUGGAUUUUUGUCCAAAAUUAGGGUUAGUGAAGUGAUUCGGCAGUUGGGUGAGAUUGGAAAAGUGGUGACUUGGCUGCAGAUUAAAAACAAAUGGGAUCAUUUGAGAAAAAUGUGGAAGAAUUAUAACAAGUGUUUGGAGAAUGACACUGGGUUGGGUUAUGAUCCUGGAACUGGGAUGUUUGACGCACCUGAUGAGUGGUGGAACCGAAAGAUUGCGGCAUGUCCCGAUGCAAAAACCUUUAAAACGCAUGGUUUGCCGAAUCGUGAGCUCUUGAACAUCAUGUUUGGAGGCACGGUUGCAACGGGGAAAAAUGCAUUCUACACGAGUGGUCCAAUACCAACGGAAACCACUAAAGGGUCUGGGGACUCCACUAAUAGUAUAGAAUUUGUUGACCCCCAAUGUGAACCCGUUGUGAAUGUUGACGCAAUGAAGGUUGAAGGUCCAUCAUCGUCGAGGGCAGGACCAGCAAUGAAUAAGGGGAAAGGCCUGGCAACUAGUGUCCACAUCUUCAAGCCAAUUUGCAAGAAACAAAAGAAAAAGCGUUCAGCUGCGCAAGAGAUGUCAGACUCUUUGAAGAGUAUCUCAAAUGUUAUUGUUGAAAGAUCUAGUCUAAGUGCCCAUACACCAUCUGCUCCCACAGCAACGGCUUAGGUUAAAGAAAUUCUGGACAUGGUGUUGAGUCUUCCCGGGAUGUACUCGGGUCAUUACCUUCAUUUGUUUAGCACCAUCUACUUCAUGGAAAAAGAGCCAGGUAGACACAUGUUUGCAGCACUUUCCGAUAACAAGGACAUCCAGCUGAAGUGGCUAGAAAAAAGAGUACCAAAGGCACCCUGAUUAUCAUUUUCCGUGAAGGAACAAUAGAUUGUCUCGAUAGGGUUGUGUAGGCUUGGUGUAGUAAUCAAACUUUCAAUGUUGUACCUAUUGCACUAUUAUCUUUUUUUUUUUUUUUUUAUUGGUAAAAACUAAUGCUUGUUAUGAGUGUGUA